AUGACCUCACCACCCAAACCAACCCACGACCUCACCACCCAAACCAACCCAUCACCUCACCACCCAAACCAACCCAUCACCUCACCACCCAAACCAACCCAUCACCUCACCACCCAAACCAACCCAUCACUUCACCACCCAAACCAACCCACGACCUCACCACCCAAACCAACCCAUCACCUCACCACCCAAACCAACCCAUCACUUCACCACCCAAACCAACCCACGACCUCACCACCCAAACCAACCCAUCACCUCACCACCCAAACCAACCCAUCACCUCACCACCCAAACCAACCCAUCACCUCACCACCCAAACCAACCCAUCACCUCACCACCCAAACCAACCCAUCACCUCACCACCCAAACCAACCCAUCACUUCACCACCCAAACCAACCCACGACCUCACCACCCAAACCAACCCAUCACCUCACCACCCAAACCAACCCAUCACCUCACCACCCAAACCAACCCAUCACUUCACCACCCAAACCAACCCACGACUUCACCACCCAAACCAACCCAUCACCUCAUCACCCAAACCAACCCAUGACCUCACCACCCAAACCAACCUAUCACCUCACCUCACCACCCAAACCAACCCAUCACUUCCCCACCCAAACCAACCCAUCACUUCACCACCCAAACCAACCCAUCACCUCACCACCCAAACCAACCCAUCACCUCACCACCCAAACCAACCCAUCACCUCACCACCCAAACCAACCCAUGACCUCACCACCCAAACCAACCCACGACCUCACCACCCAAACCAACCCAUCACCUCACCACCCAAACCAACCCAUCACCUCACCACCCAAACCAACCCAUCACCUCAUCACCCAAACCAACCCAUGACCUCACCACCCAAACCAACCUAUCACCUCACCUCACCACCCAAACCAACCCAUCACUUCACCACCCAAACCAACCCAUCACCUCACCACCCAAACCAACCCAUCACCUCACCACCCAAACCAACCCAUCACCUCACCACCCAAACCAACCCACGACCUCACCACCCAAACCAACCCAUCACCUCACCACCCAUCACCUCACCACCCAAACCAACCCACGUCCUCACCACCCAAACCAACCCAUCACCUCACCACCCAAACCAACCCACAACCUCACCACCCAAACCAACCCACGACCUCACCACCCAAACCAACCCACGACCUCACCACCCAAACCAACCCACGACCUCCCCACCCAAACCAACCUAUCACCUCACCACCCAAACCAACCCAUCACCUCACCACCCAAACCAACCCACGACCUCACCACCCAAACCAACCCAUCACCUCACCACCCAAACCAACCCAUCACCUCACCACCCAAACCAACCCAUCACCUCAUCACCCAAACCAACCCAUCACCUCACCACCCAAACCAACCCAUCACCUCACCACCCAUCACCUCACCACCCAAACCAACCCACAACCUCACCACCCAAACCAACCCACGACCUCACCACCCAAACCAACCCACGACCUCCCCACCCAAACCAACCUAUCACCUCACCACCCAAACCAACCCAUCACCUCACCACCCAAACCAACCCACGACCUCACCACCCAAACCAACCCAUCACCUCACCACCCAAACCAACCCAUCACCUCACCACCCUGUCCCAGCCCUGA